AUGAAGAUUAAAAAGACAUUUUAUGUUUACCUCAUAAUACUUAUUAAACAUAUUAGAAACUUGCAUGACCAGUUAGCAACCAGUUGUCAAAAAGUAGAGACUAAGUAUAAGAACAAGAUAAAAGAAACACAUGCUCAAGGUAUUGCAUCUUCUCCUAAAUGUAAAAAUGUUAUCCCAUCUACUUCAAGAUUUAAGAAAAAAACUUCAGCUCAGUCAUCAGUAACAAGCUCUAAUCUAACUGAAAUUGAUGAUAAAAUUGAUACUCAAUUAAUCACAUCUAAUAAAACUAAUUUUCCUUUAAGUUAUGAUAGUAUUACUUUUACUAAUAUCGAUACUUCUGAAUUAUCUACCAUUACCUCUUAUACAAUAAGAUCUUCAAGAUCUUUAGAAGUUCUAACUAAGUUAUCAACAAGAAGUUCUAAUGCAAUUGAGAUCAAUAGUACUGAGGUCAACAAUAAUAAUGAUGUAUCUGAAUUAUCUGUUAUUAGCUCUUAUAUAAUGCAGUCUUCAAGAUCUUCAAGAAUUCCAGUUAGAGUAUUAGUAACAAGUUCCAACAAAAUUGAAGUAGAUACAACAAGUUCUAGUACAAUUAAGGUCAAUGAUAAUGAAGUUAGCAAUUAUAAUAAUGCAUCUGAAUUGUCUAUUAUUACUUCUUAUACAAUAAAAUCUUCAAAGUUUUCAACUUGA